AAAUUCUACGUGCUCACAGACCGGGCUUUAAGUUGGGUCACGUUUGCUGAGUAGUGGCUUCGAGGGCGCCGCUGUUGGAGUUGUAGUAUUGCUUCAGGUAAAAUAAGUUUGGCCAGCAUAUUUCUGGCUAGUGCCACCCGUGAGAAACUUCACAGAGAAUCCCACCACCGUGCAAUUCGACCAUAGUGUUGGGAACUUGUACCCUUAUAGCGGCGACUUGUUGCUGGUUGAUGGCCAGGAGGGCGCCACUAUCGCCCGCUGCGAGGAGAGUGGCUACCGCUGUUGGAGCUAUGGCGUGGCUUCAGGUGUCUCUGGGCAUCGCAACGCUUCUGACCUACGUGCCCACACCACUCGCCGCAUCGCACCAGUCGGGCUCGCUGCUGCUGCUAACACUGGCCAUCUGGCUCACGCACGAGAUCAAGCUGCUCAAAUACAUCCCCAAGUGAUGACCGCGUGUUCCGCACUAAAGCCCGGUCCGUGAGCACGUAGAAUUUUGUCCAAUGACCCCAAGCUGCCCAUCCUUAUCGCUCGCGCGUAUAUUGCUGUCGCGACUGUGCGACUGG